CUUUAUCUGACCUCACCAAACAUCGGUUUGAUCUUCACCUGAUGGCCUUGCUCGGCCAGGUGAUUCCAGUAUUUGCAUCUGCAUGUAAUUCUGAAUCGCAUUUGAACAAAAAUAGUUUGUAGGACAGUUUAUUGUGUUUCUAUGUAUUCAGGUGAAUACAAACAAUACCUCACGGCGGUUAUACGUCAAAUUGAACCUUUUGAGGAAAGAUAUAAUAUCAUAUUGCUUUGAGGAUACGUAUCAUCAGAUCGACAGAGUGCCGGGAAUAUUCAGCCUUGUUGCUGAAUACUUUAUGAAGCGAACAGAAUAAAAAUUCUAGGCUUCAUUGCAUAUUUGGGAUUUCCGUUUGACUCCACGUCAUACAUAAUCAGGAUAGUGUUUUGACUUUGACUUAUAACAGGACUUUGGUAACUGAUUAGGACGUAAUUCUUGAACACUGCAGAGGGGGCGCAAGUGCAUGCAAAUGAAAAAUUAUGGAAAACAAUCUAUAAAUUAGUAUAAGUCAUACACUGCAUGGCAGCAGAUGGCUUGUGACAAUAAUGUGUAUGAACAGCGGAUGGUUUGUCGCAGACAACUGUUUAUAGAAUCACAAAACAAGAGUGAAAUUUAACUGAGAUUCUAAUGGAAUCACCAAGAUUUCUCUAACACAUGAAACCCCAUUCUCUCUCUAGGACACCCGAUGAUCCCCUGUCGUUGUGUCCGUGUAGAAGAUGAUCUUUAUUGUGAUGAUAUUCCUUCAGUUUUAUGGUUGCUGCGGGGAGUUGACAAGACAUGAAAUUUUGCACGAUCUGCUGGAUGACUCUGGCUAUGAUCCUCUUAUUGCUCCAAACUACGAAGAUGAUUUCCCAACAAAUAUUUCCGUUCAACUAAUUAUCAAGAAUAUACACAGUCUUGAUGAACUUCGUAUGGAUUUCUCAGUGGAUGUUAUAUUCAGGCAGAGGUGGACAGAUAAGCGUCUGGUUUUUAAUCAUUCCAAUAUCAAUUCUUUAGAGCUUUCUCAAAAGAUGAUUGAGAAAAUUUGGGUUCCAGAUUCGUACUUUCCGAAAGAAAAGAGCGCAACAAUUCACCAAGUAACUGUUCCAAACCAACUCCUACAUAUAUACGAGAAUGGAACCGUAUUCUACAGCAUGAGAAUUGAGAUGACACUAUCCUGUGCAAUGGCCUUGCAGAACUACCCUCUAGACAGACAAGUGUGUCCAAUUACCAUUGAGAGUUAUAGUUACACGAAGGAAAACAUAGAUUACCACUGGGCCAGCUACAGACCUGUUCAAAUUCCGCCUGUCUCACUGCCACAGUUUAACAUGCCCGAUUCGAUCAAAACAACGGUAUGCGAAACAGAAUACGGGGAAGUUGGUGACUUUGGCUGUCUGCUUGUUGAGCUCAAGUUUGAGCGCAAUACUGGAUACUACAUUGCACAGAUAUUUAUUCCAAGCAUACUGAUAGUAACUUUGUCAUGGGUGUCUUUCUGGGUUGAUAUGGACGCUAUUCCGGCGCGUGUGUCACUAGGUGUCCUCACAGUUCUCACCAUGACAACACAAAGUUCCGGUGCACGAAGUGCGCUACCGCGAGUGUCUUACAUCAAAGCCAUCGAUGUUUGGAUGUCAGUUUGCCUUACAUUUGUCUUCAUGGCUCUCCUGGAAUUUGCAUAUAUAAAUGUCGUUUCAAGACGGAAGUCGAGGCCAAUCCGUACCUCUUCACAGUGUGAAAUGGCCCUAAAGAGAGGCACGACACCAUCACCGAUGCUACCGAUUCUGAAGCACAUUGAUUUUAGGAAGAGAGCACGACAUGUGGAUAAAAUCUCCAGAGUUUUAUUUCCGCUAACUUUUAUCCUGUUCAAUAUUGGGUUUUGGGUGUUCUACUUAAUAAUUAACACAGAUAACACAUUUUAGUAAUGACAACAGUACGAGUUGACUUUUAAGAUUCUUCAGUAAUGUGUAGUCUAAAGCACUUUCAAAGUGUUCAAAGCAACAAUUCAUAAAAUGCAUGUAAAACAUGAAUGUUUUCCCUUUCGUUUCUUUUUACACGAUCGAAAGUAGGAAAUAUAUAUUUAAGGUACAAGGAUAUUUAACCCUCAAAUUGCAAUCGAAGAAAAUUCAAAGGUAAUGAUAUCCCCAAAACCGGAGUCUUGUUGCUUGGCUACGUGUCGUGUUAUACAUGUAUCUAUUCAGUGUCAAAAGAUUCGGCAAUCACAGUAGCUCAUUAGGUAGAGCGCUUACUCCGUGAUCGGAAGGCCUAUUAUUUUGAAUCUCAGCCUCUCCUGACCUAAGUAGAUCAAAAAUAGGUAGGAACUGGUCCUCGAUAAGCGCUUUGAAGUGAUAGUUGCGGAUCCUUUGGAUGAGACCUUAAAACCCGAGGGUCACGUUGUAGGCGUUGGCAUGGUUAAGAUCUCUUACUGCUCAAUGGAUUUGAGUUCCGAGUAAGAUCUUUGUAACUCUUUAUGGUGACGUACAUGUAUCUAAAUCAGUGAAUAAUUCUAGAAUGGGACGUAAACAACAUACAAUCAACACAAAGAAAGAUUCAAUUUUCAAUAAAGGUUAUAACAAAAGUUUCCAAAAAAAUGCAUCAAAUUCUUCUAUCAAAUAUUACUAUACAUUCCGAGAAGUCUAGUCACAGGUAAAGCAAUGUUACAAUUUUUAAAUAGGAGGUUGAAUUGCAUGAUCACAGAUUUAAGAUUCAGACUUAUAACAGGUAAGGUAAAAAGGAAGCCCUCUUUCUCAUUCAAAAGUUAUGCCCAAAUUUUUUGUGACAAACUGAAAGGCGAAUAAGAUUUUUCUUUCGUGGUCUGAAAAGUGGGGGCCAGCUUAUAACGUAUUGUACAAUAAAUUGUGCGACAAACGAGAUGGUGUCAGUUUUUCUUUCAUAAAUUAUCCAUUUAUUAUAUUCAACAAUCCUGCAUAAGGUGUUUUUUUGACACUGAAUAUACUUUGUGAAUAAUCAAAUUUUUAAACCGAGAAAAGCUACUAACAAACAACUUGAUGUAGUUUAAAGCGCUUUCAACUAUCUUGGUCAGAAUUUCUUUUUAAAAUUUUAUGAUCAUCAUAAUAUAUCUUCUUUGAAAAUGCUACUCAACAUUUGGUCUAAUACUCUUUAAACUAUAGCUAAGCCAUUGUUUCUUAACUAAUUUUGACAACAUACAUGUAAUUCUGUCUAGUGAUCAAUUGGUAGGGACAUGUUGGAUCUGACUGGUCGAGAGGAAUAUUCCUCAUAGGCACCUGAUCUCAUAUCUGCAGUUUUAAGGGGUCCUUGUUUUCUGCCCUGCAUUCUUUGUAGAUUGAUCAUUGUUUGGUAUUGUCUUCUUUGUCACUUUAUAGAUGUUUUGUCAAUUUUUUGUAUUAACUUAAAUGCUCAACAUUUUUCAAAUUUACUGUGUUAUAUAUGUACAAAACAUGUAAAUACUAAUAGUUAUUUGGAGAUAGAAUAUUUUGAUGUGCAUGCUUGAGGUAAUUCAAAUAAUUUAAUGUAUAAAGAGCUUAGAUGUGGUUGAUUGGUAAUCUGCAAUAUUUUUUAUCCCGGUUUGCAAUUACGACACAAUCAUAUAUUGAUAUCUGAGUGAAUUCAUUUGUUUGUGUUCCUGUUUUUAUAUAUAUUUUCAGGCUUUAAAUAAAGCAAAAGAAACAUUGA